AUGUCACGAAUCAAGCGGGUGGGGAUUGGGUUCAUCAAAAACCUCCCUAAAGGAUACAAGGCUGAAAUGAUUGAGUUGAAUGAUCCAAAUGCCAUGCACAUCGACGCAACAAUUCUCCCUUUUUGCCAGGGCCUCCCUGUCUACAACCCGAAAAAGGUCACCGAGCAAGUCCGGAGGAAGCAUAUGGUGCAGGCUGAUUGGGAGCUUCGGCCAUAUCCCUUAACACCAGAAAACCGAGGGUCCCUCCCUCUUUAUAUGACCAGUCUAUGGCUCUGUCUGAAUGCGUUAGUGUUGGAUGGUCAAAACAUGGUGGUCGAGGCUAACUUUGAAGUCUCGUUUGGGUUUCCCAAGUCACAGCCCGCAGAUCAAGACAUGACCAGAACGCAGGAUGAUUCUGAUGACCUGUCUGCAAACAAGAUGAUUACAUGGGUUGAUCCGCAUACAAAAUUAGUCUAUCUCAUCAACCCUCGUCCAUACCCCGUCCAUUUGAACGUGUUAACAGUAUUGGAGGCUCAUUUCAUUGCACAACGGUUGAUUUAG